AUGGAACAACCAGCAGUAAGCGUUAUGGUCUUGUUGAUGGCGGCGUUAGUACCUCCCCCUGCACGUGGUGUGAUGACAUUUGACACUGGCGUCGGUAAAGAGUACAAGCUCAGGGUGACUCAGGAUGUCACGUUAGAGAGGGGAAGUGUAAACUUUAACAGUUUGGAAUAUCUUAUAGUAUCCAAACACCCAGGAUAUCCCAACAAGCGCUCAUUGGUCCAGUUUGAAGAUCUUCCUCGUUCGUGUCCAUCAUCAAAUAUACUUUCAGCUAAAAUGCACCUGUACAUUGCCAGAAAUAGUGGACAUUUCGCGCCCGUGAUUAAUUGUCAGCGGAAUCUCAUUUCCAAAAUGGCGGACAAAAACGAUCGUAGUCACGGAAAGCGUAUCCCAUGCGAUUUUUUAAAUAAUUGGAGUUCUGUGCAUCUGUUUUACGAAGAAAAAAGCUGGAAUGAAACACCUUGCAAGAAAAUGUUAGGUUUAUACUCGGCCGAGCGGCUGAUAGCAACAAAACAGUACGCGGCUGUACCUUUCGUGACAUUUUCGUGACAAUUUUGUUUUAAAACCAAGCCUGGUAGGCUAAUCGAGGAUUUUUGAAUGCCUGGAACCUAGUUUAUAUCCCGUGGAGCAUCUCUGGAGUUGUAGCAACAAACAAAAUGGCGAUUCGGUGAGGUUUGGAGUUGUGAAGCUUUGUCCGACCGAAAUGUGUCAUUCGCAACUAUGGCAUCCAUUACUGGACUACAGAUGGAAAACUGAGGGAAAUAAUGCGUCUUUGGAAGUAUUUUCCAGUGCAAAAAUCGUCCUUUUAACGACUGUUUUGGAAACAUCUUCCAUCGCAGAAGUGAUAUCGAGUCGUGCAAAUUUACUUCAGUGAAGGGUUUAUCCUCUAAUCGACGAGUAUUUCGCAUGACUUCGGCAAGAUUUUAAGACAAUGUAUGGAGAAAUGGAGCGUAAAACGAGAGAUAAAAGUGGCCACUUCGGGAAGUAAGUAAACCUACUUCUACUUAGCUAUUUUUAACCCAGAUGCGAAGGUUGCACAGCGCUUAACAUGUUUCGAGUCGUGCACCGAACACCCGUGAGCUCAUAAUCGGUAUAUUUGAAAAAGUUUCCUUUUCUCCAUACAUUUUCUUAUACGAAUUCGCAGCCAUUGUGGCCUUGGUGCGCACGCGCAACCGCCAUCUGGUCCCUAAUUUCUGGCAAUGCUAUGAAUAUUCCCACAAAGCAAGUGGUAGUUCUUUCAAAACUGUUCCUUUUAUUCCACGCCAUCUGCGAGUGUACCUGGUUAAAAAACCAUGGGACGAAUCUCAAACGACCAGUACAAUGCGCCUCCGUGGCAUCCCUUGGUCUUCUCCGUGGCUAGCGCUGGAUGGCACCGACGCUGAGGCAACUCCCCAGCAAGGAACUGUCACUAUAUUUCCGCACCAACCCAAAGGUUUUGUGGAGUUUGACGUCACGAAUGCAGUGAAGGACUGGAGUAGUGGAGUACCUAAUAACGGCUUGGUGAUACGCGCAACAAACGAGCUUGAGCCUGGCAGGGAUACACGUUUUGCCAGCAACGCCAACAUGGAUAGUUCGACGUAUGCGUUUGUUUUGGUGCGCUGCAGCGAU